CCCAAACAAAUUUGCACCGUGAUCAAUUUUGGCUUCUUUCUUUCCCAAUUCCCAUUUUUGGAGAGCUUUUCUCCCUCUUUUGAAUGCACCACUUUUCAAUUUCAACUGAUUUCUUGAAAAAAAAAAACAUUUUUAAUAUUAAAUUAAAUUAAAAAGCUUGAAUCUUUUCACUUAUAAAUAAGAGUUAAAAAAAAGUGAAGAAGAUUCACAAAACCCAGAAACUAAAAACAGAUAUUGAAAGUUCUGAUUUUUUUAAAUUUUUCUGCCAAAUUUUUAGAUGGGUAUUCCUUAAAUUUGUUUAAUCAACCAAAAAAGAAAUACGCAUCUAUAAAUUUCAUCUGGGUCAUCUUUAUUUUUGCUGAUUUUUAUUAAAAAGUAAGUGAUUUUGAAGAAUUUGUUUACAAAAAGCUGGUUUAUAAGAAAAACAGGGUGGGUUUAUUAGGUGGAAGUUAUUAAAUUUGUUAAAAUAGCCCAACAAAAAUUUUCCAAGAAUUUCAUCUGAAAUUUUAAAGAAUUAAUAAAAAAAAAAGCUAAGAUUUUAAAGGAAAAAGGGUGGAUUGAUUAAAGUUUUGAAUUUUAUUGGGGUUGGGGAAUGCAAAGAGAGAUUAACAUGGAAUUUUGGCCAGAAUUUCUAGCAAGCAGUUGGGGAAAAGAAUUUGUGGCAGGUGGGUUUGGUGGAAUCGCCGGAGUUGCCGCCGGAUAUCCGUUGGAUACGCUAAGAAUCCGGCAACAGAGUUCAAGUUCCGGUGGUGCAAUUAAUAUUUUCCGGCGAAUUCUUGCCACCGAAGGACCCUCUGCUUUUUACAGGGGUAUGGGUGCUCCCUUAGCCUCUGUCACUUUUCAGAAUGCGGUGGUUUUCCAAACAUACGCACUCCUAUCACGGGCGUGUGACAAAUCCGUUGAUGAUCCAAGAGAACCUCCUUCGUACAAAGGAGUAGCCUUAGGCGGAGUUGGCACCGGUGCACUUCAAAGUCUUAUACUAAGUCCCGUUGAGCUCCUAAAAAUCCGUCUUCAGUUAAAGCAAACUACCAAUGUGGGACCGAGUACUAAAAACGGUCCAACAAAGUUAGCCAAAACCAUUUACAAAACCGAAGGUCUAAGAGGGUUAUACCGAGGGUUAACCAUCACGGUUCUAAGGGAUGCACCGGCUCACGGGCUAUACUUUUGGACAUACGAGUACAUGAGAGAAAAGCUACACCCUGGGUGUAGGAAAGGCGGUCAAGAGACGUUAAAUACAAUGCUUGUGGCAGGUGGGUUAGCCGGAGUUGCCAGCUGGAUAGCGUGUUAUCCGUUAGACGUGGUCAAGACUAGACUACAAGCACAGACAAAGGGUUCAAUGAAGUAUAGUGGGAUUGUUGAUUGUUUUAGGAAGAGUGUUGAGAAAGAUGGUUAUGGUGUUUUGACUAGAGGUUUGGGAACAGCGGUUUGUAGAGCUUUUGUUGUGAAUGGAGCUAUUUUUGCUGCAUAUGAGCUUUCUUUGAGGUGUUUGUUUAGUGGUGUUGGUAAUGAGAGUAUUCAGGCAGCUGAGAGUACACUGAAGGUUUCAGGAUCUUAGGCUCCGUUUGGUUUGGUGUAAAACGUUUUCAGUGCAAAAUGAUUUUUCGUGGAAAACAUUUUUCAAGAGAAAACUCAAUUUCAAACUAGCAACGUAAAAUGAUUGAAAGGGGAAAAUUCGUUUUCCACCCUACCAAACGGAACCUUAAGGUAGCAACACCAUAUAUGAUCAUCUUCAAGUGUUUAAACAGUCUGAUUAACAUAUAUUGGGUAAUUGCAGUGAAAUUCAAAGAUAUCAGGCAUACAGAAAUGUAUGAUUUGUAUUGCUAGAUAAGCCAUGUGCUUGAUUUGCUGCUUCUUGUUCAGAAACCUCUGUCUCUGUUGUAUGAAGAUGCAAGAAAAUGCAAUUGGAAAAAUUGUUGAUGAAUCAAUUUGACAUUGUAAUAUAUUCACAAGUGCAUACAUUUCAACUGGUAUGUUGAUCAGUUGUAUGUAGACCUGGUUAUUGGACAAGGUAGUCCAAAUGUCCAAUGGAUAUAGGAUUAGGGUCAAGUUAAUAGGGCUUUUAUUGGGCAGGACUCUUAUUGGACAGGGCCUUUAUUGGACAAGGUCAUUAUAGGGUCAAACUUAUACUACAAUUAUUUUGAAAAUAAAAAUAGUAAUGAUACAAAAAAUUACAUGCA